AGCACAUCUCUUUAUUCAUUGGUACAGAGCAGCCUGUUAAGGUCUAUUUCAUCUCAGCCAGCUUCAACAUGUGGGCAGUAAAACUUCUACUGAUGGUUCUUCUGAUCAACGGUGCAGAGAGCAAUAAAAGAAGACGUAACGCUUUACAUGACUACAAAAAGACGCCAGAUACUACUUUAAUAAGAAUAAAUAAAGCCCUAGAAGUGAAAACAAAAAAAUGCAACAACACAGAAGACUGUGCUAAGAGAUGUAGUAGGAAUAAAGGUCUUUCCUUUACUUGCAAGGCCUUUGCUUUUCAUAAAAGCACAAAGAGAUGUCAUUGGCUGUCUUUCAACAGCUUGUCAGCAGAAGUCAGGAACAGCGAUGACAGUGCAUUUAAUCUGUAUGAAAAGAAAGAUUAUGUAAGAGACUGUAUUCAUGGAAAAGGGAGUAAUUACAAGGGGACUAGGAACGUAACGAAAAGAGGUCUUGCGUGCCAGUCCUGGAAUUCAAUGACACCCCAUGAUCAUAACUUUUUGCCUUCGAGCUAUCGAGGUAAAGACCUCAAGGAAAACUAUUGCCGGAAUCCCAAGGAAGAGGAAGGAGGGCCUUGGUGUUUCACAAAAAAUCCAGAAGUUCGACAUGAAGUGUGUGACAUUCCCUUCUGCUCUGAAGUGGAAUGCAUGGUCUGCAACGGAGAACAUUACAGAGGACCAAUGGAUCAUACAGAGUCCGGAAAAGAAUGUCAACGCUGGGAUUUACAACGACCACAUAAACAUUCGUUUACUCCCGAGAGACAUCCUAACAAGGGCUUGAAUGAUAAUUACUGCCGCAACCCUGAUGGUAAAGCAAAGCCUUGGUGUUACACGCUUGACCCUGCCACCCCCUGGGAAUUUUGUGCAAUUAAACCCUGUGCUCACAGUGUGGUUAACAAUACUCAUAUCACAAAGGACUGUGUGAAAGGCCAAGGAGAGGGGUAUCGUGGUUCAGUGAGAACAACGUACGAUGGAAUUGAGUGUCAGCGGUGGGAUUCCCAGUAUCCUCAUCGCCAUGAUUUCAAGCCAGAGAACUACAAAUGCAAAGACCUUAGUGAAAACUAUUGUCGAAAUCCUGAUGGGUCAGAAUUUCCAUGGUGUUUUACUGUGGAUCCUAUAGUUCGAAUUGGGCAUUGUUCGCAAAUACCAAAAUGUGGAACCUCUACUCAUAAAGAGUGUUACCAUGGAAACGGCAGCACAUAUAGGGGCACGCUAUCUAGAACGAGAUUUAGGCUACCAUGUACCAUGUGGGAGGAUAAUAUGGAUGAUGUAAAAAGACAUACAUUCAAGGAACCUGAUGUAUCAAUACUAGAGAAAAACUACUGCCGAAAUCCUGACAAUGAUGUGCAUGGACCUUGGUGUUAUACAGAUAGUCCUUUAAUACCUUGGGACUAUUGUCAUAUAUCACGGUGUGAUGGAGACACAAGUGUAAUGGCUGCUAUAGAUCAUCCAGUCACUUGUUCCUCAACAAAGCAGCUAAGAGUUGUGAAUGGAAUUCCUGCACAAGCAAAACAGAGUUGGAUGGUCAGUCUGAGACACAGGAAUAACCAUAAAUGUGGAGGAACUCUUGUAAAUGAAAGAUGGAUAUUAACAGCAAGGCAAUGUUUCAAUUACGGAAAUAUUAAUUUAAAAGAUUAUGAAGUAUGGUUGGGUGUACAUAACAUUUACAGCCAUAAUGAAGAACACAAGCAAGUUAGGAAUAUAUCCCAAUUAGUCUUCGGACCAGAAGGAUCAAAUCUAGUUCUUCUAAAACUUUCAGAGCCUGCUGUAGAGAAUGCUUAUGUGGGUAGAAUCAAGUUACCAAAUUAUGGAUGCACCAUUGCAGAAAAGACGACUUGCUUUGUAUACGGGUGGGGACAUACUGGAAUCAACCAAUAUGAUGGCCAGCUUCAACAAGCAAAACUACUUAUUGUUGGAACUCAGAAAUGUAAUGAGCACUAUAAAGGAAAGAUUAAUGUCAAUGAGUCUGAAAUUUGCGCCAGAAGUGAAACCGCCAAUACUGGACCUUGUGAGAGAGAUUACGGAGGCCCUUUAGUCUGCAGAGAAAAUGAGACAGACUUAUUACAAGGAGUAAUUAUACCUGGACGGGGUUGUGCCAUUCGAAAUCGCCCUGUGAUUUUUGUGAGAGUAGCUUAUUAUGCAAAAUGGAUACACAAGAUUUUGUUAACGUACAAAACCUCAUAGUUCAACCAUAAUAAUUAUAUCUGCCUAAACAAUAUUUGAUGGUCAUAUCCAGUUGUUUGACGUCUAUUUAUGGUCACAUUGUCUUACAGCUAAGUUCAUGUGGAAUGAACUUUGUAAUCUAAAUGUUCGGUGACACAGUUCCUGAGUAUACUUGAAUAUGUUUCUUGAAAAUGUAAGGAUAAAUUAUGUGGGUCCUUUAUUGCUGCUUAUAGGGUUCACCAUAUUAAGGGAACCCUGGGGUUUUUUUUAACACUGUUUUAUUAUUUCUUCUUUUCUAAAGAUAAACAAAGGUUAUACAGGUUAAUUUUGACAAAUGUAUACACCAACACACACAUGUACAAGUCAUAGGCCUACAAUGCUCUUAGUAACUCAGUACCCUUGAUACUUAGGGGUUAUUGAAAUGGAUAAUUUUAAAAAAUAUUCAGUGCUAUAUUAAUGCUUUUGUAAAUUAAUUUAAAUGCUACCUUUAAUAUCGGAAGUGUUUGUAUGAUAUAUAUAUAUCAACAAAUGGAAAAUUAGACAGCCUUAACUGGUAGUGUACAAAAAUAACAAAUCAUUAUAUCAUUAUUUCAUUCUCAACACUCAAAGUAUAAAAGCACAGAAAAGAUACCAAAACAUUCCAUUUAUAUUAUAUCAAGAGUUCUAUAUGUAGCAGUAACUGGUACAAGUUAGACUUCUGAGUACAUUUUAAAAACCUAUAGAGUUUAUAUGGCCUGUGCAGUUUAUUAGCCUACUGGAUUUCAAAUAUGUCUUUUCUAAUAUUUGUUUAUUUAAGCACUGAAACAUAUGAAGAUGGAAUUAUUUUAAUAAUGAAAAGAAAAGAUUAUUGGAUGAUUUCUGUAUAGGAAUAUGUUUGUUCAUAUAUUUGAAUAUUUCUGCUUUGUAUCUGAAUAUGUGAAUGUAAAAAUGUAAAACAGACUGGCUCAAGCAUACCUUAGUUUCUGCUAAAAUAAAUAUGUUCGCCUUAAGGAAUUCCCAUUAGAAUUAGAUAGAAUGUAAGUUCAGAAGAAAAGGGAUUGCCUUUAUAUACAGAGCUAAUAUGUUAAUUAAAGCAUUUUGGGCUCCAUAUACAAAGUAGCGUAAUCUGCUCCAAAGCUCUUGUGGGCAGGUUCGCACAUGUGAGUAAAGUUGUUUAAAAUGGUAAGCUCUAUCUGAAUCAGGAAAGAAAAAAAUAGUGGUGCAUGUCCCUUUAAUCAUAUGUAAUUAAAGAAAAAACUUAGAGUCUCUAAAAAUAAUUUGCGGUUAAAGGGACAUUAAACCAAUUUUUUUCCAAUUUACUUCUGUUAUCAAAUGUAUUUCAUUCUCAUGUUAUUCUUUAUUGAAGAGAUACCUAGGUAGAUAGCGUGCACAUGCCUGAAGCAGGAAAUAGUGUUGCCAUCUAGUGCUCCUGCUAAUGUAUAACAUUGUUGCAAAACUCCCACCAUAUAGUGCUGCAGACAAGAACACACUCAUAAGCUUACUUUAUUGUUUUUCAAAUAAGGAUAACAAGAAAACAAAGAAAAUAUGAUAAUAGAAGUAAAUUAGAAAGUUGUUUAAAAUGUUAUGUUCUAUCUAAAUCAUUAAAAAAAAAUGGGUUUUACGUCCCUUUAAUGGAGUAUCAAAUUAAAGGGACAAUCAAGUAAAAAAAAAACUUUCAUGAUUUAAAUAGGGCAUGUAAUUUUAAACAACUUUCCAAUUUACUUUUAUUACCAAAUUUGCUUUGUUCUCUUGGUAUUCUUAGUUGAAAGCUAAACCUAGGAGGUUCAUGUGCUAAUUUCUUAGACCUUGAAGGCUGCCUCUAAUCUGAAUGCAUUUUGACAGUUUUUCACCACUAGAGGGCGUGAGUUUAUGUGUUUCACAUAGAUAACAUUGAGCUCAGGCACGUGGAGCUCCUAGAAGUCAGCACUGAUUGGCUAAAAAUGCAAGUCUGUCAAAAGAACUGAAAAAAGGGGCAGUUUGCAGAGGCUUAGAUACAAGGUAAUCAAAGAGGUAAAAAGUAUAUUAAUAUAUCUGUGUUGGUUAUGAAAAACUGGGGAAUGGGUAAUAAAGGGAUUAUCUACAUUUUUAAACAACAAAAAUUCUGGUGUUUACUGUCCCUUUAAUAAUAAUUUAAAAAAUUGCGAGAAACAUUGGAUAUUAUUUAAAAUUACUUAAUAGUUUUAUAUGAUUAGAAAUAAUAAUCAGAUUUACUAUUAAUAGUGCAGGUUUAUGUGACUUUCAUCUUAAACGUUACAUUAAUUCAGAAGUGACACUGAUUAAACAUCAGAGUGGGGAAUAAGGGAGUUUCUAUAAUCAAACAGUAUUCUCAAUACAUUUUCAUCAGCAAAAUUACUGACACAUUUUUAUCAAAAAAACAUCCUAUGACACAGAAAUUGAAAGCAAAAUGAACCCUUAAUAAAUAUAAUUCACUACCUUUUUUUUAUUGUAAUGUACUCCAGAAAUUAAAGGAAAUUUUUAGUGAAAACAAAUUCAGUGUAAUGAGCAGUGCAAUUUAUUUUUAUCUCAAUUUUAGAUUCUUUAAAACAUUUAAAGAGAGAGCUCCCCCAUACUAUUGUAAUCUGUGUUACAAUAGUAUGGUACGUCCUAUGUUUAGAAUCAACUUCAUUGGUUGUCCAUUCAGCAAGUAAAACACUGAUCAUUAUUUAAAUUUUCUAAUAUUAUAUAUGCAAAUAUAUAUAUAUAUAUAUAUAUAUAUAUAUAUAUAUAUACACACACAACACACAUAGGAUGUCUGGCACUCAUUUGCAAGUACACAGCUAAGAUUACAAGCAAAAAUGGAAGAGUUAGUUACUGCAUCUGGUCAAAUAGGUCAAGCCCAGGAACCACGUCAAGGUCUCUCUCAUCCUAGGUCCCUAAUACAGCCAAACAAUGCAUGCUCUCAAUCAAACAAACUGGAAACCAGUCACGGGUGCACAGGCCUUAUGUAAUCUCCCUAGACAGAAAUAGAACAGAAAUAAAACACGGAAAUGGACUGCAUUCUCAGGUACACAUCUGCCUGGGUUACUGGGGAAUGCACAGCUGCCUGUGAGUGCUAUUGAGCACCCAGGGCUGUACAUUUUGCACGGUCAUAGGAUGUGUACUCGGUCCAAAUUGAGUGCAGUCCAUUUCUGUGUUUAUAUAUAUAUAUUUGAGAAUAUUGUUAUCAUUUGGUAAUAGUUUAUUUUAUAGUACUAUGUCUAUCAUGAUUAUAUCAUUUUAUGCAUUAUUUUAUUUCCCACUACAAAUGACUCAUCAACCACACUUCCCUUUAAAAACAAUCUUAUCAGGAGAUUCAUUUCUUUCCUUUAGUUCAUUAUUUAUUUAUUUUUAGGAAUUUACACUUGCAGAGUAGACUACACUUUUAUUAGUUUUGCUUUUUUUAUUCAUGAAGAAUAUAAAUUCUGUCAUAUUAAUUUUAAAUUUGUAUGCAUACCCACUGAAAACAAAGAUAAGCAUACAUACACAUAUAUAAAUAUAAACAUUCUAUAGAUGUAUCAGACAACCACAAAUCAUUGAAGAACAUAUAUAAUUCCAAGAAGCAGCUUUAGAUGCAAUUUCUGUUUAACUUAUUUUACAAUACAUAUUUUUAAGUGAUGCUCUACAUAUUUUUAUAAAUUGAAUUUGAUUUUUCAUGCACAAAUUUAAAAGUACCUUUAGCAAGUUGUUUAAAUACAAGUAGUUUUAUGCAUUAUAUUUUGCUGAUAUUACCAAAUGAUUACAAACUUAUAAAUAAUGACUGAACCAUUAAUUCUUCUAAAGUUAAUACAUUAAGUAUUAUUAUGUGGGGUAAUAAUAGUCACUUAUCAGCUGGGGCCUCAGCACUUUAAAUGCAAUUAUUACAAUUCAAAGGCUUCAAAGCUUAUAAUGAAUAUUUAAGAGCUAACUAAAAAAAAUGUAAAAAAAAAAUCAGCAUUUCUUUUUUAGAAUUUUAACAUUCCUACUGACACCGUAACUGUUUAAAAUUCACUGAGAAAUUUCCAAAUUAUAAACAAGAAAAUAUAACAUUAUUGUUUAGGAGGCGAGUAGAUAUUUGACACAGCACAUAAUUAAACAUUGUUUUCUUCAUAACUACAUUUUGGAUCUAAGUAAUUAAAUUGUCUCUCUCUUCUAUCUAUCUAUCUAUCUAUCUAUCUAUCAUAGUAGAAAUUGCCACUCGUUAACUGUUGGGUCGUGUGUGCGUGUCACACAUGCAUCUGUGUCUGUUUGAAUGAGAAAAAAUAAAAAAUAAAAAUAAAAUCCCUUGCAAUGUCAAUCAUAACACACAAAAAUAAAAAAUAGUGGAAAACUAAAUAUAGUUCUUAUUAAUUAAAAAUAGUUCAAGGGUGACAGUAUAUUUAAUUUCAUGAUUCAGAUAAAGCAUACAAUUUUAGAUUUCCAAUUUACGAUCUAAUUUGCUUCAUUCUCUUGGUAUCCAGUAAGCCAACAACAUGAGGCUACCAAUCAGCAGCCCUCAGCCCUUAAGCCUACCUAGAUACGCUUUAAAAUAAAGGAUACCAAGAGAACUAAACAAAUGUGAUAAUAGAAGUAAAUUGGAGAGUUGUUUAAAAUUGCAUGUUCUAUCUGAAUUAUGAAAGAAAAUAUUUGAGUUUUUUGUCCCUUUAAAUUUAUUUUGGACAGUUAUACAUUUAAGUAUGAAACAUUUUUUUUUAACUUUUUACUAGAAAGUCAAUGUAUCCCCAAUGUCUCCCCAUUGUUGAAACAGAGGUUAAUUUUUUAGAUAUAUUGUUUGUUUCUUAGUUGUACAUUUUCUAGCUUUUUUAAUUUUAAUUAUUAUCAAGUAAUUUGUUCAUACUACCGUUAAAGGGAUACUAAACCCAAUUUUUUUCUUUCAUGAUUCAGAUAGAGCAUUUAAUUUUAAGCAACCUUCUAAUUUACUUCUAUUAUUAAAUUUCCGUUGUUCUCUUGCUAUUUUAUUUGGAAAAAGUAGCCAUCUAAGCUAAGGAGUCAGACAAUUUUUGGUUCAGUACCCUGGACAGCAUUUAGCCACCAAUCAACAAGCAAAACCCAGGUUGUGAACCAAAAAUGGGCCGGCUUCUAAACUUACAUUCUUGAUUUUCAAAUAAAGAUAGCAAAAUAAUUAAGAAAAAAUGAUAAUAUGAGGAAAUUAGAAAGUUGCUUAAAAUUGCAUGCUCUAUCUUAAUCAUGAAAGAUAAAUAAAAUUUGGGUUCAGUGUCCCUUUAAAGUACCAGUUAAUAAAUUAUAAUAUCAGACACUAUCUGAAACAUUUUACUUAUAAUUGAAAUUGUAUGAGACAUGUGCCUGAUGAUAAUGUAAAUUCAAUUCAUGGAAACUAUUUUAUUUAAUGUUACUUUUUAUCAUGUAUCAUGUGAAAACUGCAUUAUUUUCUAUUUAUCAAAUAAGUAAAUCAUAUACAACAAUUCUGACUUUUUCAAUUAACCCGUACCACAGAUAAAUAUCUUAAUUCCAGUAUUAAAGUAUUUGACAGUAUUAUGUAUAAAGUAAAAUGUAAAUGCUUAAAUAUUUAAUGAUGUCUACUGCUGUGCAGAAGGCACUCAAAAUAAUGUUUGUUUGGUACUGUUCUGUGUAUCAAAAACUGUAAAUAUUUUUCCUUGUUCGUUUUGGGCUGUGCCUCAGUGGAAUGUUUUAUAUAAAGAGCUAAAAUGUUCUUUGAUGUGAAUGCAAAAUAAAGGGCAAGAUCCACCCUCUGUAACAUCUAUACUAAUGAGUAGAUGGUGUAAAAACAAAAAUUAUAUAUUCUUAUUCUUGCAAACAAACAAAACAAAAAAUGAUGCUGUCCACUCAAACGCUAAUUCCAAAUAAGUGUAAAUAUAAUGUCUGCUACAAUGCUAUAUCACAGUAUCAUCCUCAGCUGAUUGGCCAAAAUCACCACAUAUUUUAUGGAAUUUCAAAAGGACUACCUUAGAAUGUGGGUUUACAUGCUAAAAUUUAAAUUUUAAACAUUCCGAAAUCCUUUUUUCCUUCCAGAGAAUACAUUAAUUUGCUUUUAUAUUGUCUAUCCAUUAAAAUAUGUUUUUUUAAGAGGGCUAGGACUUGAUCUUUUAAUUUUUCUUGCCUAACACAUUUUACAGUAUUUUUUUUGUUUGUAAAAAUGUGUCAUUGUUAUUCCUGUGGAUGUUACAUGUUGGUUCCAAUGGUGCCAAGUAAUGACUAUUUGAUUACAUUUUAACAUGUGGAGACUGUGAGAGACGGAAUUGUAGAGGUUUUGAAUUACUCAGUGUAAGUGGAAUAGUCUGGUGAGAUUUGUAUCUUGUAUAUUCUGUAAUAAAUUGUUGCAUCAUCAUUUAAUAAUAUUUGUAUUUUUGUAAUCCUGCUUACUCUCAUUUUAAUAAAAUAUUUUAACUAAUAA